AUGGGUUGCAACACAAGUUCUGAGGCUAAGGUUGAAGAGAAGAAUUCAGAAGAGAACAAGACUAACACAGAUACGGAGGAGAAACAAAAAGAGACAGCGCAGGAGAGUAAGUCCGAAGAAGAAGCGGCGACGAAGAUACAAGCGGCUUUCCGAGGUCACAAGACCAGAAAGUCAAUCAGUAUGAAGGCUGCAAACAAGAAUGAUCCCGAGCCGGAGCCUACAAAGGCUGAAUUGGAAGCUGAGUUCCGAGCUGAUGAUAAAGAUGACGAGAUGUAUUAUGACACCCAAGCAUGUAUAAUGCAAGGCUUGAGCUCCUCCAAUCUCGUGCUAAUUAGGAGCCGGCAUCUGCUCAUCCCAAUUUGUCCAGUAACGUCUUGA